CCCCAUGACAUCAGCUGUCCCUUCUUGGACAUUCUAUUGUCUCCUAGAGAGUUCUGGCAUCCUCUGUGAUGUCACCAGACAUCAGUGACAACCAGUGCCCUAGUUUCUCUCAGUCUGAGUCUGGCAGUUACAAGCUAAGACAUGUUUUCCCGUCUUCGCAAGCGUUUUGGGAGGGGGAACGUCGAUUGUGGAGAGACUAAAGUGAAGGAGUUUGGCCUUUCGUCUCAAAGUAAUGAUGGAGAAAGACAGCACUUCUGGGGAAUGUUUAACACUGGGAGAGAAACAUCAUCCCCUGGCACUGAACUAAGCGAGAAUCAGGCCAAGAAGGAAAAGGAGAGGCUGAUUAAAGAGCUGCAGCUCAUUACCGAGGAGAGAAAUGACCUGAGAGAUCGCCUGAGGUUUCUGACAGAGAGAUCCAUGAAGAACAUGCCACACUUCAGGCCAAAUCCAUAUUAUGAAGACCUGGAGAGAAUGGAGGAGGCGGUCAUGUCAAUUCUGCACAACUUAGAGAUGGAGAACACUGAGAUCCAUGAGAACAACCGUAAGCUGAAGAAGGAGAUUACCUUCUCUAGAAACCUGCUCAGCCAGCUCCUGAUGGAGAACACAUGUAGGAAGAAGUUGCUCCCACUGAAGCAGGAGAGCAAGGAGGGACAUCUUGAGUGUGCAAUGAACCAGAAAUAUUUGGUUGACUUCAACAAGAAAGAUAAAGACCAGCAACCUCCAGACCCAGCAUCAUCAGGUACGGAGGGGCAGCUGUUAGCUUAACAAUAUCUGAUAAAAUUUGCCAAUUUGAUACAUCUUUGCUCUCUCCUACCACCUUUCUAAUUUACACACACAACCUGCCAACCACCUCAUGUAAUGGAAUUUUUCAUUUCUCUGCCUAUGCACAAGUAUUCUGGGAAGUCAACCACUUUUCAGAAACUGAAUUAUUUUGCAAGUAUAUUUUGCUGCCACUUUUGAAGCUGCAUUAUAGAAAUGGUGACAGAUCAAUAACAUAUCACAUUAUUGCACAUGCACGUGAUAGAUUGGAUGCUAUGUAGAGUUUUGAACAUGUUCUUGGUUCUUGAGAAAUGACAAGUGGUCAUGUGACUUCUUGUGUAGGAAGCACCUUUCCGGGAUAAGAACCAAGUGCAAAUGUCAAAUUAGUACUUGUCAUUGGCUUUAACCUUGGUGACAUAUGGACAUCUCCUUUCUUCCUGCAACCCAAUGAGGUCCCUUCCAUUGCCCUGUUCUUGGUUUGCACUGGUAUAAGUCUGGGUCCCAUAUUGGCAGCCCACAUUACUGUGAGGGUUUCUGGAGAUUUUCCCUGCCCACAGAGUUAGCAACAAUGAUAUCAGUUAAAAGGUCCAUGUUGACUGUCCAAUAGAACUGAGGUGGUAGAAGGCAGCAUUCUGACAGCUGGCUUGCUUUUCAACACCAAAUCAGUGUCUGAAAAACUGCCUUCCUCUCCCAGGUCUCAGAAAGUGCAAGAGAGCUGGAAUUGGACACACAGCAGUAAGAGAGCUUCCUGAAGAAUAAGUUGCUUUCUCACGAGUCCCUGAUGACAAACAUCCUGAACGGUAACAACAUUUUUUGGAUGAGUAUUCUUCCUCAGAGUUAAUUUGUCAUUUCUUAGAGACCCUAAAUUUAUAUAACACUAAGCCAGCCUGACUGAUUGAGGUCUUACUCACUUUCUUCUUCAGAAAACAUCACUUGAGAGACAACUUGGGGGACCGCCUUUCAUUAU